GUUCUUCCACUGUGUCUAGCUGGUGCCAUAGACGUGGGAAAACCAAGCUGCGUGUAUAUAAGGGAAAUGGAACGAUAAUUAUACACUACUGGUACAUUUCUCAGGAUGGAUGUCUUACGCCUCGCGCUCAUUCUUGUACUUGCGGCUGCCCCAGGGACUCUCGCCUGUUCCUUCGGCUUCACGGACAUCAACGGGGAAUGUCUCGAGUUCCAUCCUGAGUUGCUGGUGCCGUGGCAAGACGCCGUGACUUACUGCCAGAACGGUACACAGACGGUCCUUGCUUCUGUCAAAAAUGCGGAUACGCUUAGAGAUGUGUACACAUACAUUCUGACUUACGGCCUGACUGGGUCCUUCUGGCUGGGCGCGUCCGAUUUGGAAUUGGAGGGCGACUGGUCGUGGCUGGACGGCACGAGGGUGGACAGAGGCACGCCUUUCUGGGCCAUUCACACGGGCCUCUUCGGCUGGGAUCACGAACCCAACGGCGGGACGGACCAGAACUGCCUGGCGCUCGACUCCGAGAGGCUCUACUACUUCAACGACGCCGACUGCUCCUCGCUCUUCCACCCAAUCUGCAUGGAAUAGACCCGGGCAGCCUCCUCUCUCGCGGGACAUGCACACUUGACCCUCUACAGGCAAGGCACAGACUGGAUUGGAGGUGUUGCGUGUUCGGGCUUUCGUGAAUUCAUACCAUAUAUGAAUACACAUAGACACACGCAUACACAAACAGAUCCAUACCAGCGCCCGCAUACUGACAAACAUACACAAAGUUAUAUCCAUAGAUAACCCAUAUAUCACCCAUCAGACACCACCAACACGAGAAAUGACAAGUGGCGAAAGGCAAGAAAAAAAAAUAAAUAAAAAUAGAGAUGUUGA